AUGACACGCCUUCUAGGAGCUGAAGAAGAGGACAGCCCCGGAGCUAGGGAGGCGAACAACUUGCUAACAGGCACGAGAAUAGCCCUGAAAAAACUACUCGCCAAGGCCAAGGACAAUUUGCCCGAGGAAUCACUUGCUCACAUCGCAAAUGUCAACUUCACAACUGCCAAUACUGGGAGCCCCUACUUCCCCAGUCCUCUGAAACAGACCGAAGCCAUUUCAGCUCUCAAAGCGGUGGAAGCAGGUGUUGCAUCUGCAAUUGCUGAUCUUCAAGAUGGCCAAAGAUCACGCAAUAUUUCGGUGGAUCUAGAAAGAGCAACAGCGUUCCUGUUCUCAACAUAUCUGGCCACCGUGGGAGGAUUCGACAAGUCCAAUCCAAAGGCCAAGACAUUGCUGAAAGAUACCGACCUUCUUCAAGCACAAUCUGUCCUGUACCGUAGGCUGUCUGCGAACCUCUACCAAACGAAAAACCCAGGAGAGUAUUUUCAUCUUCAUGGCUCCCUAGAGGCUACAAAAGCACUCAACAUGAUUGGCCUAGAGGGGUCCAGACCAGACCUGACUGAUUAUCACGAAUGUAUUAGAGUCAUCGAAGAUCAUGUGAAGCAAUUCACUGCCGAUGAGCUUGAAGAGAUGAACGCAAAGAUCAAGCAAGCAGGUGUGACCUGCCUGAAGUGGGAAGAUUUCCAGGCUACGUUGCAUGGCAAAAUGCUCAUCCAGCAACCGCCUUGGAAGGUAGAGGUCCUUGAGACCGAAACCCCAGCAACGCCUUUCCCUUCUCAAUCAUCAUCUGCACCAAAACCACAGAUCCUCGCUGGAAUCCGUGUGCUUGAACUUUGCCGCAUCAUUGCGGGCCCAGCGAUGGGCCGUGGUCUGGCUGAGUAUGGUGCAGAGGUCCUCAAGGUGACAUCGCCAAACCUUUCCGAUGUACCUUUCUUCCAAGUCGAUGCCAACAUCGGCAAGCAUACUACCGAUUUAAAUCUGAAAGAAUCGAGAGAUCGCGAGGUUUUUGAAGAACUGCUGCAGUCUGCAGACGUUGUCCUUGAUGGCUAUCGGCCCGGUAGCCUAGAACGCCUCGGAUAUGGACCUCAACAGCUUCUUGAUAUUGCAAGAAGACGCAACAGAGGCUUAGUAUACGUCGCCGAAAACUGCUUCGGACAUGCUGGACCAUGGUCUUCCCGUCCAGGGUGGCAACAAAUUGCAGACUGUGUGACUGGGGUAGCCUGGGCCCAGGGUGAAGCAAUGGGGAUGGACUCCCCAGAACCGGUUGUGCCACCCUUCCCGAUGAGCGACUACGGCACUGGAUGUAUGGGUACCAUCGCUGCGCUCGUUGGCCUACACAAGCGAGCAAAGCUGGGCGGAAGCUAUCUAGGGACCACAUCUCUGUGUCAAUACGACAUCUACCUGCUUCAAUUGGGACUCUACAAUGAGUCCAUGAUGGCGGAGCUGAGAGAGGAGCAUGACGAGGCCUUCUUUGCAUUACGACAUCACGAUUCAGUGGACGAAGUUGGCAAACGAGCACUAAAGACAAUGAGAAGAACGCAUCCGGAACUAUUCGAGGAUCGCCACAUGCAGGAGUGUUUUAGCAGGGGGUUUAAUGCGAAAGUUAGGACCAUAAGGCCAGUAGUCAGCAUUGAUGGCUACUGGAAUGGCUUUUUGCGCAGCUCACGACCUAACGGAUUCGACAAACCUACUUGGAAGGACUGGGAGGUAGAUGAGGAUCUAUUGAAAACAUAA